AUGCCAAAGAAGGAUUUGGUUUCCUGGAAUUCUUUGAUUUCUGGUUUUUCGCGGAAAGGAGAAUUGAAUUAUUGCUUAAAUUCAUUCCAUAGGAUGAGAUUUGAAAUGGGUUUGGAACCAAAUGAAGUGAGUUUGAUUUGUAUUAUUUCAGCUUGUACUGAAAGGGCUGCAUUUUGUGAAGGGAAUUAUAUUCACGGAUUAGCGAUCAAAACAGGUUUUAUAAUUGAAAUUAAGGUAGUUAAUUCACUCAUCAAUAUGUAUUGGAAGUUGGGUUAUCUAGACAUGGCGAGGCGAUUAUUUGAUGCCGUGCCAAAGACAAAUCUAGUUUCCUGGAACUCAAUUAUAAUGAUUUUAGUUCAACAUGGCGUGUUCAAUGAAGCAUUGGAAGUUUUUAAAGCAAUGAGACGGAUUGAUGAUAAGCCAGACCAGGCUACUAUGAUGAGUUUGCUUCAAGGUUGUGGGAUUAUCGGUGUCCCAAAGUUAGCUGAAGUAAUCCACGGGUAUAUCCUGAGUGCUGGUCUUGAUGAGAAUAUUACCAUCGCUACCUCUGUCUUGAGUGUUUAUGCCAAGUCAGGGAGAUUGGAUGCUUCGUAUCAUGGAACCGGGGCCAAUAUUGCUUGUAAUGAAAUGGAAUUUAAUGUAAGGUGUUUGUCUUUGUUGGCUGAUAAGCUCAGGCCCUCAGCAAGCUUCAAGAUUCUGCAGGAUAUGGCUCUCCAGAACUAUGUUUCCUCUGGCGAUGCUCCUUCUGUCAAUAUCAAGUCAUUGCGUUUCUCCUGUAAGGAAAAUGGAAAAGCCCAGUCUAGUAGCCUACAGUCCAGGAAAGAAAACCAACAGAAGCUGAUGUGGACAUUGACAUCAGAGAGGUUCGACUCUGGAUCAGGAUUUUCUCGACUGGAGGAACAAGAAUUGGCUGCCGACAGUGAAUUCAAACACUUGGCUAUUAGUGCUUGA